AUGAAAAGUUUUCUACAGCAAAAAACUUUUGAAGAUGAUGAAAAAGGAGAGGUGGCCGAUGAGCUGAAAUCAGAGGGUCACAAUGUGACAACCCUAGACAUGGCUGCAUGUGGAGUGAAUCCAAAGCAGACUGAGGAAGUUGACUCAGUUUCAGAGUACCAUGAGCCUUUGAUCACAUUCUUGGCCUCUCUUCCUCCACAGGAAAAGGUGAUUCUUGUUGGUCACAGUCUUGGAGGGCUCUCAGUAUCCAUUGCCAUGGAAAAGUAUCCUCACAAAAUCUCUGUUGCAGUUUUCAUCACUGCAACUGUUGUCUCUCAAAACCUCACCUACCUUCAUUUUCUUCAAGAGGUACAGAGAAGAAUUGGCCACGUUUUGGAGGAAGAAUAUUUCAUAUUGGAUGGAAAAAAACCUCCAAUCCUCUCACCAUUUGGAGUUGAAUUUUUAAGAUCAAGAUUGUACCAACUCUCCCCAACUCAGGAUUUAACACUUGCAAUAUCUUUGGUGAGACCUUUACCUCCCUUUAUGAGUGAUCUGAAAUUAUUCACAAAACAAACUGCAGUUACCAGGAACAGGAAUGGAAGGGUGUCUAAAGUGUUCAUCAUUUCUGGAAAAGAUAAUUUGUUUACAGAGGACUUUCAAAGGUGGUUAAUUCAGAACACUGGUCCAUUUGCUGAUGUGAAACUCAUCAAGAAUUCAGAUCAUAUGGCCAUGCUUUCCAAACCAAAAGAGCUUACUAAGAAAAGUGGGUAG